AUGUUUGAAAAUCUUCCGGCAGAAGCUUUCAGCCGUGGGUCAGUGAUUGGAUGGGGGUUUUCGGUACUGACGUUCCUGCUGUGCCGCUAUCUGGUCAACCGCUGGAACACCCAGAGCGAAAAGCGGGGUAGGCCUGGGGCCAAAGUGAAGUUGGUGCCGCGGGGCCGUAUGCAGCUCGAGCCCCAGCUGAACAUCGAGUGGAACAACAUUGAGCCGGCCAAGUUCCGGCCGUUCAAGCCCCAGUACGCAAUGACGAUGGCCCUGGAGAAGGCGGAUUUCCAGGAGUGGCUGCUGCUUGAAAAUACCUACGACCGCAUGACCACACACCGGUCGGAAAUCGCGAAAAAUCACACCCAGGACGUCAACCUGGUAGUGGAUGAUCCCAGAACCACUGCUGCUGUUUACGAGCUCUACGACACGGUGGUUGGGUACAUGUUCACCAAAUGGCCGCAGUACUUUAGCCGCGACGGGAAGAACAUCAAGAAUCUGAUCAAAAACACCACGUUCCCAGCCAAUGCCGAGAGAUCGAAGCAGAGUCCAAAGAGGCUUCUGGAGUAUCUCGCCGAGAAUGUCGAAGAAGACUUUAUUGUGUUGGAGUACGAUGAAAACGAGGAGGAGUACAUCGCAAAGGCGGCAACUUUUAUUGCCCCUAGCGGAUUUGUACCUGCCGAAAAAGUAGGUAUCAAGCUGUCCGACAUCCACGGACCUGUGCCCAAGUACGACGAGAAGCUUAAGCUGUCGAUGAACCGCUUUUUCCGGCGAAUCGAGACGGGCCAACUGGUGAAACGGUUCAAUUGGACUAUCCAGAACUCCGACAAGAUUUACCUGCCCAAAGGCUCACAUGCUGGGGCCGCGGAAAAGGUCGAAAGACUGCAUGCGAAAGACCUGGACUUUGACCACACUGUGCAUUUCCGCGUCGAGCGCCAGACGUUGUCUCGGCUGCCCAAAUCGCGGUUCCUGGUGUUUACGAUCCGCACCUACCUGACCCCACUUUCGCAGCUCAAAAAAGAAGGCCUGGGCGAACGGCUCGUCGAGGCCAUUCACGGAUUGCCUUCCUACAUCAAGCAGUAUAAGCGAGCCGAUGCAUGGGGGCCCGCAGUAGAAGAGUACAUGACCAUGCCAUGA